ACUGGCUAUGUCGGCAUAAUAAUAUACCCUUAGAAAUGCGCUUGCUCAGGACCUGAACGCGUCUCUAUAAAUUGGAGGGGGAUUGAUACUUUUCACCCAGCAUCUUGAGCUUCAUCCAAGGUCUUCAUCUACUACAAUGCGCUUCUUCUCUACUCUCUUCGUAACCGUUGCGACCGCCCUCACUGUCCGUAGUGCGGCGUUGAACGCUACAGCGGCUCAGGUUUCAUCAGACCUCAGUGUCAGUCUGAACAAAGGCAACAACUAUGGUGCUCCAAUCCCACCCUGGAAGUCAGGCUGUUCGCCAGGAUGGUACUACGGCGACCACCCCGACUACCUGCAGAUCUCCGUGCCUUGGUUGAAGGAUAGCCUUAUCUGCUGGCUCUUGGACUUGCUGCACCUUGGUUUCCUUUGCCCCAAUCCUCCCCACAACCCCCCUGCCAACGAUGGCUACAAACAGGUGUUCUACAACUACACCGGGGCUGUCCAAGCCGACGACUACUUGACCUACGGACUGGUUGACACCGUCGAAGGCUGCAAAGACAUGUGCAACAGCGUUGAUGGAUGCAACUUCAUUAAUCCCUACUACGAUGUUAACGGAAAGAACGGAAGCCCGCUCUUGACGUGCUCACUUUUCACCAAGUGCCACGGUGUUGAGGAUGCCGAUAAUUUCGGUGGUCAGACGCAGCCUGACGGGUCCAUCGACUACAUUACCGACAGCGCAGGAUAUUGCAAGGUUUGAUUAAUUCAUUAGGCACAUAUAAAUGGUGCCAAUAGGACAUAAUAUUUUC